ACCCUACUGGAAUACAGGCCAGGCUUGGCUGUGUGUGUAGUGUACUGGGCUGGAAGAUCCUCUCUCUCUUCUCUCUUCUUUCAAUCCCUCUCUCUCCUAUUAGAGAGAUCGAUCCAUCCAGAGCGAGCGAGGAGCCCUAGGCCGGCGCGCACGAAUCCCUGCCGGAAAUCUUGCUCUCCAUCCUCGAUAUUCUACCGCGCUCCAGUGGAUUCUCAGGGGAUUUCUUUUGUUCGCGGCUGGAUCGGUGGUCGUCGACGCGCAUUUCGAGUGAAGAUCGCGCAGCGGCGCUCCAGGUUUCCUCCCCCCCCCUCCUCUCCUCUUUUCUCGUGCGUUUCGUCGAUUCGCGAUUCCUGGGGUUCUUGCUGGAUAGCAGAGUGAAAAGAAAAGAAUUCGGGGAUCUUUGCGAGGGAUUUUGCUUUUGGAAGGUUCUCCCCUUUCGAUUCUCUUGCCGAUUUUUCUAUCUCCCCCUCUUCCUCUCUCUCUCCCUCGCUUACGUUACGAGCAAAGCACAGCAUUUAUCCAGGCAAGCAAGCAUUCCUUUACAGUGCCUUCCAAGGCUGGAAGAGAGGCGGGCCGCGAUCACACUAUCCAUCCAGCCACAGGGGCAAAGAUCAUGGCACUCAAUGACUACAUAGCAGCGAUCUUCUGAGCAUGGGCAAAAGGAUCACUCGCCAGCAAUCGACAUGGAUCCUCGCGCAUUCGUCAAGCUCUCAGUGAGUGCUCUGGGCGUCCGGGUGCCGCUCGCCUCCAAGCCCGCUAGAACAGGAGUCCACUCCUCGACAUCGCCAUUCUUCUGCGAGGUCCGUCUUCCAGGCUACCCAGUCCAGACCACGCCAGUGCCGCUCGUCUCGCCCACAUCGCCACCCCCGGAUCGUGGCAUCGCCGCCAACUUCUACCUCGACGAGUCGGCCCUCGACAAGCUCCUCUCGCCAACUUCGUGCUUCAAGAGCUCGUUUCCAUGCCUGGAAGUUCUGGUCUACACUGGACGGCAGGGAACUCGGUGUGGAGUGAAAGAAGGGAAGCUCAUGGGGACAUUCUCGCUGCCGGUGAGCUCGCAGUGGAUGGAAGGAAAGCCCAUCCAGCUCCACAGCGGCUGGACGGGCAUUGGCAAGGGGAAUUCCACCGAUGGCAAGCCAGGAGCCGAGCUCCAUCUCGUCAUCAAAGUGGAGGCGGAUCCUCGCUACAUUUUCCAGUUUGAUGGGGAGACGGUGGCCAGCCCCCAGAUCGUGCAGAUUCAAGGCAAGAUCACGCAACCGCUCUUCAGCUGCAAAUUCAGCAGGGAUAGACUGAGCCGAUCAAGGCUGGGACUGUGUGAGACUCCUCGUAGCGGUGCGGGGAAGUGGUCGGGUCCAUUGGGAGGCCAUGAUCACAAGGAGAGGAAGGAACGCAAAGGGUGGCUGAUCAUGAUCCAUGAUCUAUCCGGCUCCCCCGUGGCUGCUGCGUCAAUGGUGACACCUUUCGUGCCGUCGGCGGGGAGUGACCGCGUCAGCCGCUCCAAUCCCGGGGCCUGGCUCAUCCUCCGCCCGGAUUCCACAAGUGGAGACAGCUGGGAGCCGUGGGGGAGGCUCGAGGCGUGGAAAGAAAGAGGCAGCAAAGGUGGCCUCGGGCUUCGUUUCCAGCUAGUUGCGGAGAAUGGUGGCGGCGGCACGGCAAACGUUGGGGGCGCUUUGGUCUCGGAGACGGUCAUCAGCUCACACUCCGGGGGUGAGUUCUCGAUCGACACGGCGAGGUUUCGUCCGGCAACGCCGUCGCCGGCGAGAACUCCCGUGCAGAGCCCCCGCAGCAGUGGAGACUGCAACUUCAUCAACGUCGGGCUGCCGGCGUCGGGGGGAUUCGUGAUGAGCUGCACGACGCGGGGUGAGCGGCAGAGCUCCUCCGGCAGGCCGCUGGUUCAGCUGGCGAUGCGGCACAUCACCUGCGCCGAGGACGCAGCGGUGUUCAUGGCUCUGGCAGCCGCGGUGGACUUGAGCAUCGACGCCUGCCAGCCUUUCUCGCGAAAGCUGAGGAAGGAGCUGUCGUGAAAGGAGGAAAAGAUGGGAAGAACAGUGGGGAUCUAUCUCCAGGUGGUGGUGAGAUUGCGCUGGCGUCUGGCAAUCAGGCCUUCGGUACAUAAAUUUUUUGGACACGAUCGGCUGUAGCUAGCGAGAAAGGUGUGGUGGUGGUGGUGGUAAGCGGCAGUGGAUGGGGAUAUAUAUCUCUACAUCGUCAGGGAUCAGGAUCGUGCUACAGCGGGGUCUUCUUUUUUCCGGGGGCUUUGUUAAUGCUCGCCAGUGCUCAACAGCAGGGACACACCGGCACAAAGUUAUCAUCCAUCGCAGCAGCAGCAGCAGCAGCAAAGGCGAAGAAUUUUGCGUGAAAAGGGAGGUGGUGCUUUCGCUCCACUGGAGAGGAAAGCAUUGCUGCUAUGAUCCUUCACAGGCGGCGGGGCGCAAAGCAAGGAACAGGGGAAAGGCAAGAAAAAAAAUCCAGGAACAACUCGAUUCUGGAAUCGUGAUUGCGAGAAAAAGAAUGGUUUCCCCUGGAUUGGACAGGACUGGAUCAGGGAAAAAAUCAAGCCAGGCAGCCAGCACCAGAUAGAACGAGUGCGAAGAAACCAAAAAAAAAAAGAGAGAAAGAAUUGAGUGGAAGCGAAUCGAUCAAUCUCGAGACAAUGGAACGAGAUGAAUGAUAGGUGAAUGAUAUUGUUUUGUAAGUACAAAGCGUGAGAGAGAUCCAAACAAAAAAACGCAUGGACGGAUGGAUGGAUUGUUUCUCGCGCCAGGGAGUUCGUUGGUUUCCAAGCGUGUAUAGUUCUCUUUUUUAAAAAUGGAGGAAUAUUCUACCAA